AUGAGUAAUAAUAAUAAUAAUAAUAAUAAUAAUAAUAAUAAUAAUAAUAAUAAUAAUAAUAAUAAUAAUGCUAUAUUUUGA